GCGGAAAGUACAAAGAGAGAAGAAUUUGACCCACCAAUUCCAAACAACUGCACUCGUCUCUUCCUCUGUUCUCAUCUCCACACCCUCACCCUCCAUCCAAUCUGGAGAGAGAAAACUUAGUGAGAGAAAGAUUGAAGUAUGUGUGUGUCUAUAUGUGUACGUAUUCACUGUUUGCUAUAUGUACAGAAUUCACCGGCUAAUCCCAACCGCUUAUCUGCCGCCUCCCGUGAAUCCCAUUUACUAUGAUUUUAGAUAUUUCUUACUUGUCUCAAGAAAAAUCCCAUUUCAUUACACCUUAGGUUUUCUGGGUUUAGGUUAUAUAAAUUGGAAAAGAGAAGAUAAAGUGGAAAAUGCUCUGCUUUUAGCAUUUCUUUUCACGGUUUACUGCAAUUUUGCCCUUUCUUGCAGCAGAAAUUGUGGUGGAAAUUCUUGCCCUUUUUUCUGGGAUUUUUGUCUUUGGGGGGAAUAUGUUAAGCUUUUUCAUGCAAGAAAGGAACUUUCUUUCAUGUUUCGAUGAUUUCAAGGUAGUCUUCCUUUUUUCCUUCUUGCUCUAAAGUAGCCAGUCUUGAUAGUUUCUGCUUUUUCUGGGGGUUUUUCAACCUUUUAGCCCCAAGAUUUGGAGUUUAUACUGAGUAAAGUACUUUUCAGGGUUUAGGGCUCUUACACAUUUUUGCCCCUUUCUUGAAUCCAAUCAGCUGCUGAUUUUCAGUUCUUGUCCAAACUUUCUUGAAAUUGAGCUUUGCAUCUUUCACAAUUUUCACUCUGUUUGUAGCUUCCUGUUAUAGUACUUAUAUCAAUGUCUUCCUGUUUGAGUGGAGGUGGGAGAGCAUACAGAUUAGAACUUGACAUAUUCAAAUCCCCCACAACUUCUUGGACUUCAAAUUCAUCAUCACCAUCUUCAACUCUCUCUGAAUCCAGCAAUUCCCCUCUUACAAUCUCCACGAGAAAAGCCCGAACCCCACGAAAACGGCCUAAUCAGACAUACAAUGAAGCAGCAGCCAUUCUCUCCACAGCUUAUCCCAAGCUAUUCCCCACCAAACACCUCACAAAGCCUUGCAAAUUCACAAAAUCACACAAUUCCAAGACUCCAUUUUUAUUUGAGCCCUCAGACGUGUUUAUGCCUUUCCCAGUGAUUGAUAACUCAGAGUAUUUGUUACACUACCCACCAAUACUAGAAAGGCCCAAUUCCCAUAUUGAGCCGAAGGGGUCGAAUCCGUUUGAGAAAUCAUGCCAAAGUCCAGGGGAGAUCAAUUCACAGGGCAGUUUCUUGGAUGUUUGUGAUGAGUAUGAAGAGGAUUUUGAUGCAGAAUCGAUUCUUGAUGAGGAGAUUGAAGAGGGAAUUGAUAGCAUUAUGGGAAAGUUGAGCAUGGAAAACGGGCCAAUGAACGAUUCCAGUAGUUAUAGUUAUAGUUAUAGUAGUACGCAUACAAACACUUGUUCUUAUGGUUAUCCAGUAGGCCUAGGAUUUGAUCUUGGACAUGGAAUUAGAAGGGAGUUGAGGGCAAUGAGAAACGUCGAUAAGGGCGAUGAUUGGUGGAGGUUUCCUAGUGUAAAUGUAGGCCAUAUCACUCAAAAAUUGGCCAAAAUUCCUGUGAACAAGAAGAAGAAAAAUGUGGAAAAGAAGAGCUCAGAAUCUGCCAGACAAGAGUCAUUUCCCAGUACUAAACCAAACAAAGAGCAGUCAGCUAGUACAGCUUCUAGUGAUGAGUCCAUUCCUCAGCCAAACGCAGGAUUGCUCCUAAAACUGAACUACGACAACGUUAUGAACUCAUGGUCCGACAAGGGUUCUCCGUUUUACAGCGAUGCUCCAGGGGCAGAAUCUGCCGGAAACGAUGUCCAAGCGAGGUUGGCGCAGAUAGACCUGUUCCCGGAGAACAGAGGAGAGAGAGGGACUACUGUGCCACGCUGUAAGGAAAAGCCGCGGACACGUGUCUCCUCCAAGAAAAUCGGGUACCAAGUCAAAGAAGUCAACGCCAAUCGACGGCCCAGAACCAAGGGAAACGUUGCAAGAGCAGCAACUUCUUCGUCCAAGGAUGGGGCCUCAGGCUGAUUGUUCAGGUUUUCCAAUCUUCACUGUUUUCGUUUGUUGUUAUUAGGUUUACUUCUCUUACAGUGGAUAUGGAGUUGUUCCAAGAAAUGUUAGAGUAGGAACUACAACAGACUUCAAACAAUCUCUCUAUAUAUAUCUGUAGAAUUCUCUGGAUUUUUUCUUGAACCUAGUUUUGUAGUUAACUUUUACCAUGUUGUCUUUUUUAUACGCGAUAAGUAAAUUAUAUUUAUUGUAUAAUUGGUCUGAA